GGGGACGGUAGCUGGAUGGGUUGGCGGGCCGCUUGUUAUAGCAAGCCGCGGAGCACACUGAAUCGCGAAGCGGGAGUUUCUGCUGCGGGGCUGUGGGCAAUGGGCAGAGUUUGCGGUGGUCAGAAAAGGGGUGGUAAGGCAAACCGAGUCGAGCUGGGGCCAGUGCCGGCUUGGGACGAGCGGCUGGCGUACGAGGAACUCCUUUACUGGGACAGUCUGGUUCACCUCGGCGGGCGCCUUCACCCACAAGACUACAAUAGAUACGAAGAACUGCGCUACUGGUACGGCUGCGUGUGUUACGAAGAGGAUCUCCGACUGUAUCAGCAUUACACAGCACCCUUACCCAGACGGGACCCCCAGGAAGGAACCUCCGAAUCAGAGUCAGCCAUGUCUCCUCCCUUUCGGCAGCGCCCCAUCCGCAUCUUCGUGAACGACGACCGCCACGUCAUGGCGAAGCACUCGGCCGUGUACCCCACUCAGGAGGAGCUGGAGGGGGUGCAGAACAUGGUGUCCCACUCGGAGCGUGCUCUCAAAGCCGUGUCAGACUGGCUGGACGAGCAGGAGAAGGGGCCCCCGAAGACUGCCGAGCCGCAGGAGCAGGGGGAGGCGGGCGCCGAGGAAGAGAAGGAGGGGGACGAGCCAGAGGAGACCCCUGAGCAGAGGGCUGCAGACCAGGCUACCAGGACCCUGCGAGGAGUGAUGAGGGUGGGGCUCGUGGCAAAGGGCCUCCUCUUGAAAGGGGAUUUAGAUUUGGAGCUGGUCCUCCUCUGCAAGGAUAAACCCACCAUCACUUUGCUGAAGAAAGUGGCUGAAAACCUGGCUGUGCAAAUCUCGACCGUCACAGAGGAGAAGUACGAGAUCAUACAGUGCAUCAGAGAAGCCUCCAUCGUGGUCAAGAGUACGAAGGAGCCUCUGCUGACCCUCACCAUUCACCUGACCUCCCCGGUGGUGCGAGAGGAGGCAGAGAAGCAGGCUGCUGGAGAAACGCUAACAGUCAACGAUCCUCCGGAUGUUCUGGACAGGCAGAAAUGCCUUACUGCCUUGGCGUCCCUCCGACACGCCAAGUGGUUUCAGGCCAGGGCAAACGGACUGAAGUCUUGCGUCAUCGUCAUCCGCAUCCUGAGAGAUCUGUGUUCCCGAGUCCCCACCUGGGCCCCACUCAAAGGAUGGCCCCUGGAGCUGCUGUGUGAGAAGGCGAUUGGAACUGGGAACCGACCAAUGGGGGCAGGGGAAGCUCUUCGCAGAGUUCUAGAGUGCCUUGCUUCAGGAAUCCUCAUGGCAGAUGGUCCUGGCCUCGCUGACCCCUGUGAAAAGGACACCACUGAUGCCAUCAGCCACCUGGACAGGCAGCAGAGGGAGGACAUCAGCCAGAGUGCUCAGGUGAGCUUUUCUUCCACUGAUGUCAUCCUCCAUUUGACCAGAAAGCAGAGGGAGGAAGUGACCCAGAGUGCUCAGCAUGCCUUGCGGUUGGCAGCUUUCGGACAGCUUCACAAAGUGCUAGGGAUGGAUCCUUUGCCUUCCAAGCUGCCCAGAAGAGUAAAAACAGAUGCCCCAAUCGAUUACACUGUUCAAAUCCCCCCCAGCACCACCUACAUGCCCCCAAUGAAACGGCCAAUGGAGGAGGAAGACAUGGGAGACGACAAAAGCCCCAACAAGAAGAAAAAGAAGCUGCAGAAAAAAGCCCCCGAAGAGAAGAUGGAGCCUCCUCAGGCCAUGAACGCCCUGAUGAGGCUUAACCAGCUGAAGCCAGGCCUCCAGUACAAACUCCUGUCCCAGACCGGCCCUGUGCACGUCCCGGUCUUCACCAUGGCCGUCGAGGUUGACGGCAAGACCUUCGAAGCAUCCGGACCCUCCAAAAAGACAGCGAAGCUCCACGUGGCCGUCAAGGUUCUACAGGACAUGGGUCUGCCGACGGGGAUAGAGGUGAAAUGUGCAGAUCCUGUUAAAGUGGAUGAGGUGGUGAAUGACGUGGUUAUGAAGCCUGCUUUUGCAGCUCCGGCAGUCGCUGUGGAAGCAGUCGAUACUGCGGCGCAGAAUCCCGAGCCUGGGGACGGCACAGAGAACGCACGGCAGCAGGGCCCUAUCCUGACCAAGCAUGGGAAGAACCCAGUGAUGGAGCUGAACGAGAAGAGGCGAGGGCUGAAGUACGAGCUGAUUUCUGAGACGGGAGGCAGCCACGACAAGCGCUUCGUCAUGGAGGUUGAAGUGGACGGUGUGAAGUUCCAAGGUGCAGGUUCCAAUAAGAAGGUGGCGAAGGCGUAUGCUGCUCUGGCUGCCCUGGAAAAACUCUUCCCCGAGGGCCCAACAAUGGACGUGAAGAAGAAGAAGCCCCCUCCAAUGCACAAUGCUGGGUUUGGUUUGAUGGGAGGGCCUCCAGCAGACGGCUCCAUGAACCCCCGGGGCCGAGGCAGAGGCCGUGGCCGAGGGAGGGGCAGAGGCUUCAACAACGCUGGUGGAUACAACCAAGGUGAGGAAGCGGCAGAGGUGUGGUAAAAGCCACGUGAAUAA